GCUAUUCUUCUCCUUUCUUCCCGCUGCAGCCACCCGAAGAAAAAAGAAAGGGAACCCGACAGCCAUGCUUGGGGAAACCGGUAGAAAGCUUGAUUUUUGGCCUUCUUUCCUUGUUCUAAGACUGAAAUGGAACCCAGAAAAUUUCCCCCCCUGCUGGAAAAUCCGGAUCUGCCCUGCUCUGCUUUGCUCUGUCCGCCGGCUACUCUUGUUGUGGGGGCAAAAUUCUUCAAAAUUCUGCCCGUGAAUUGCCCCUGCACUGCCGCCGGCUUCUUCUCCCUGCAGCUCCGGUUCCUUGCUUGCAAAUUCUGGAAGCGAAACCGAGGACGGGAAAACCAUGGGAAGUGACGAGUUAGAAGGCUAGCCAUUUCGAGAUUGAUAUAGAUUUUAGAUAUGAAUCAUGAUCUUGUAAACUGGAUUUUAAUUGGAGAUUUUAUGAUAUUAGAGAAAUUUUAUAAAAUUUGAUCUUCAGA